AUGGAGUACAAUUUCAUUGGCGACGACUUUGGACCUCUAUUUCACUAUCAGUUCAGAGUGAUUCUUAUUGGUGAUUCUGCGGUUGGAAAAUCUAGUCUUCUGAGAUACUUUACUGAAGGAAAAAUUGCUGAAAUUAGUGAUCCAACUGUCGGUGUAGACUUUUAUGCUUGUAUGAUGGAAUUGAAACCCAACUUCCGAGUGAAACUUCAGUUGUGGGACACUGCAGGUCAAGAGAAGUUCCGGUCCAUCACAAGAUCAUAUUAUCGAAAUUCGGCUGGAGUGAUGUUGGUCUACGAUAUUUCUAAUCGAGCCAGUUUCGAGAAUAUAAAUGGUUGGCUGCAUGAGGCUGAAGCCAAUAUGGGAGGUCCCAACCCUGGAAAAUGUGUUUUCUUGCUCAUCGGGCACAAGUCCGACAAUCAGUGCGAGAGACGAGUGGAUUAUGAAGAAGGCGAAUAUUUCGCGAAGUACCAUAAAAUGAAAUUCAUCGAGACAUCUGCUGUAACAGGGAAAAAUGUGUAUGAUGCUUUUCUCAUGAUGGCCCAAGAGAUUUACAAACGGGUCGAAGAAGGAGCUCUUCGUCCCACCGAUGGAUGGGAAGGGGUGAAAGGCGGUCUGAUGAGAACUCAGUCGAUAAGCCUCUCUGAGAGUGAUUUAGUUCCCAAGGACCAAUCGUCGUGUUCAUGCUGA